CUGUCCCCGCAGGAGUCGGGCGAUGACGAGUACAGGGGCGACCAGUCGGACAGCGACGACGAGGUGGACUCGGACUUCGACAUCGACGAGGGCGAGGAACCCGCCAGCGACCAGGACGAGAGCGAGCCCAAGCGCCGCCGCCGCGUCGUCACCAAGGCCUACCGGGAGCCCCUCAAGACCCUUCGCCCCAAGAAGACGGACGUCCCCAGCGGCAGCUCCCAGAAGCCACGAGAGGUGAAAUCCAUCCCCUUGGAGCUCCAGGAUGAUGUGGGAGACAGCCGGAAGCACAUGCGGCAGUCGACGACGGAGCACACGCGCCAAACCUUCCUGCGCAUCCAGGAGCGGCAGGUCCAGUCCAAGCGUAAGAAGGGCGGCCCCAACUACGACCGGCCACUGACGCAGGAGGAGCUGCUGGAGGAGGCCAAGAUCACGGAGGAGAUCAACCUCCGCUCCCUGGAGAACUACGAGCGCCUGGAAGCCGACAAGAAGAAGCAGGUCCAGAAGAAGCGGAAGUGCGUGGGGCCAGUUAUCCGGUACUGGUCCGUCACCAUGCCCCUUGUCCCGGAGCCGGGCAAGGAGGAGAACGUGGACGUGGAGGGGUUGGACCAAGACCCGCAGCAGGCCGAAGCAGCUCCAGCCCCGGCUCCGGCUUCUGCCGGGAAGUGUUCCCGCACCUUCAUCUCCUUCAGCGACGAACUGUCACCCGCUGGCAAUGCCACCCCCCAGACUCCCACCCCCGGCAGCGUCACCCCCAGGCACGGCCACCCUUAUGCCAGGUCGCCCUCCGGCAGCGGCCACAUCCCCACGUGCUUCUGCCAGCCCCAACCCCGGGGCCACCGUGUCCGGUGUCACCCGGCUGGUGCGAGGCCAGGCAGGGUGCGACCCGUGUGCCCGCACCCAGGGAAGCCCUUCGUGCCCAAGAACCCGACGCGGGAGAUCCCGCGGGAGGAGCAGAUCACGCUGGAGCCCGAGCUGGAGGAAGCGCUGGCCAACGCCACCGAGGCCGAGAUGUGCGACAUCGCCGGUGGAACCCCUCUGGGACUCCCCAUGGUGACCCCAUGCACGCAUGCAAACACACGUGUCCCCACGAGACCGUAUCCCUGUGCACGGUCACGCAUGUCCCUGCACACACGCGUGUGUGCCCCAGGCGUGGUGAAGCCCGACACAUACAAGCCGGUGCCGGAUGAGCCCCCGAAUCCCACCAACGUGGAGGAGACGCUGCGGCAGAUCCAGGCCAACGACGGGGCUCUGGAGGACGUCAACCUCAACAACAUCAAGGACAUUCCCAUCUCCACGCUGAAGGCCAUCUGCGAGGCCAUGAAAACCAACACUCACGUCAAGAAGCUCAGCCUGGUGGCCACCCGCAGCAACGACCCCGUGGCCAGCGCCGUGGCCGAGAUGCUGAUGGAGAACAAGACCCUGCAGAGCCUCAACAUCGAAUCCAACUUCAUCACCAGCGCCGGCAUGAUGAGCAUCAUCAAGGCCAUGUACCACAACGCCACCCUGAGCGAGCUCAAGGUGGACAACCAGUGCCAGCGGCUGGGCGACACGGUGGAGAUGGAGAUGGCCACCAUGCUGGAGCAGUGCCCUUCCGUUGUGCGCUUCGGCUACCACUUCACGCAGCAAGGCCCCCGCGCCCGUGCCGCCAUCGCCAUCACCAACAACAACGAGCUCCGGGCGUGGAUGCUGGCUCAGGAUGCAGCCCCGUAA